AUGGUUGGGGCUGCUGAGCUGGACAUGGCCUUUGCCUCUGGCGCCCUCAGCGCUUGGGCGGACACGUCUAUGACAGCGCCGGAGGAGGUUUGCGAUCGCAUGUUCGAGGGUGCUCGCCAUGCAAUCAUCGAUUUUGAGGCGGCCUUGUCUCCUCGUGAUCGGGGGCUGCUGCGGCCGCUUCUUGACCUUCUCACAGGAUUAAAGUUGAGCGAGAGCAAGCCCGUAGCUACAGCUGUGCUAGGGCCCGGCAUGCAUGGUGUGUUCUCUGCCAUAGAGUGGGGUCAGGCGAACCCCACUGAGUUGGAGAUCAUUAAGACAGCCCUGCCACGCCUUCAGGCACUUGCUAGGCCUUUAGGACCGUUCGAUUUGGCCGUGGUGCGCUUGAUUGAGCUCACCGUGGAAUGCCAGGACUUAGCUCCAGUCCUCUUCGAGCAUGGCGUCCGGGAAGUGCGGGACAUCAUGGCCAACGCAGCGGCCUUGCUGGUUAGCGGGGUGGAGUCUUGGAAGCUGGAGGCGAUCAUCCGGGGACGGCUCGAGACCACUCUGGCUCUGGCACCGGGGCGCCCGGACCACCCGGUGGCCGAGGUGCGACAGAAAGCGUCGUGGGCCGCGGCGCUGGAGGCGGCCCUGCCUCAGAACCGCCAGGCCUUGGACAGCAGGCUUAAAUCAUGGCGAGAGCUAAGCGCGGCCUGGGAGAAGCCUCCCUUUCCAGUUAACGCAGAGCUAGUGCGUUGUAUUGGAGCCUCACUGCGGGCUGGUGGCUACCACUCUUGCUCCCUCUACUUUUCUGCCGCGACUUCGCACCAGCUCCGGACCUUGGCGUUGCCCAUUGGCGAACAGACCAGGUUUAUUAUACGGGACACCGUUCGUGCCAUAAAGCGCGGCUUAGGCCCCACCAAGCUGAAGGAUUCCUUUGACUUCGAAGUUCUCCGAGCUUUGGUGCGGCUGGAAGAGGCACUGCGUGCCUUCGACGAGCGGGACAUGGCAGCGGCAGUUGACCUGCAGGAACCUUUGUGCCCAUACCAUUGCGCAAAAGGCACUUGGAGAGGUUGCGGUUGGCUGGCGUCGAGACCUCAGCAGAGAACACUUCUUCGGCUGCCUCAGAACAUCCGAGCUGCCACGGCGUUGGGGUCGUUGCCUGCCUCGUCUACUUCCCCACCCACGGCAGUCAUGAUCCUCCGCGACGAGGAACCGGCGACGCCGCCAGCUCGGCGCCGAAGGCGCGGCCGCGCUGACCCAGCUCCUGAUGGACCGCCGCCACUUCUGGAUGAAUCCUCGCUCGCAGCGCCGCUCACAGGGAUCACCAUGGACCAGGUUCGGGCAGAGAUCGCCAAGGCUAUACCGCCGGUGCGGGAGAACCUCAUCGUGCAGCCUCGACGCCGCGUCGCUCACGAGAUAGGCGUGCCCGAGGCGCAGAAUGAAGUGCACCGCUGGCGCACCACAUGUGGUUGGGGAUACGGCGGGCUGCCCUUCAUCCAGCUCUUCCUCGAGCAGCAGUUCCUCGGGGUCCUCUAG